AUCGCUCCGCCUGCCCAUCCCAUAAAUGCUGGUCGUCCAGGUGUAUUAUUGUUCCACUUCCCUCCAUAUCAUAUCGCGGACCACCACGCUCCCAUCCUUUACGCACGCGGGCGCCCCAACUUUCAGAUGAACUAGCCUACAAGUGAUUGUUUCUACAGAGACUAGCCAGCCGCCACGAAAGGCCUCCGUAAGUCGCCAAGCCUCGACUCACUCCCCCCUUUUCGCGGUUCCUCGUCUUCCGAUAGGUGAAUACAAGCGGACCCACGACAGGGUAUGCGUCUCUUGCGAUCCGCCGCGGCUUUAGCCGUAGCUGCCGGUGUAGCUCAUGCUUCUGUUUUCGCUGAUUCAUUUACACAGUCGCAAUAUGGAUUCACGCUCCAAGCGAUCUACGACUCGGAUGCAGGUCACACCAAUUUCACCCUGCACACCCUCAACUCGGGCCAAGCAGUAGGUUGGAUGGGUAUUGGAACCGGGGAGCAGAUGGCCGGGAGCAACAUGAUGGUCGGCUGGGUAAACACGGAUAACACCGUCGUGAUCUCGCAGCGAACUACGGCGGGUGAGAUCAUGCCGACGACGAAAAACAUCAAGGCGCAGCGCUUCACCGUUGACAAGACGCUUUCUAAGACGCAGUCGAGCGGCACGACGUUUGCAUGGUCCCAACCGGGCUUCCCGGAAGCGGGUGGCAACAUGCAGAUGGUCAACAUGAUCUGGGCUGUCAACCCGAGCGACGCACCUGCUACUGCAGACACGAGCGCAACGAUCUACAAGCACGCCAGCCGAGGCUUCAUCACGCUUGACCUCACCAAGCCGUACACCGGCGGUGCGAUCACAGCGAGCGAUGCAUCCUCGGGCGCUCCAAAAGCCAGUCGUACCAUGAGCAUGCGCAACAGUAUCAUCAUUGCGCACAUGGUUCUUUCUAUCGUCGCAUGGCUCAUCCUUAUGCCCGCUGGCAUCUUUAUUGCGCGAUUCGGCCGUACGGCAUUCACGUGGCUGCCCAAGCACCGCAUCGUCCAGACCGUCUCGAUCGCGUUCAUCCUGAUUGCCAUGGGUUUGGGCUUUGCAAUCGUUAAGAGCGAGGGUGGCGUCGAUUUUAGCCAGCGGCACCACAAGCUAGGCUUUGUGCUUGCCAUGCUCGCCGUCUUCCAAGGGCUUUUGGGGCAGUUCGGCCACAUGCUCUGGAAUGCGAAGCGCAUCCGCGUACAGAACUACCUGCACAUCAUCAUCGGAAUCGUCCUCUUCGGCCUUGCGCCGUGGAACAUGGCAUUGGGUUUCGACCUGUGGGUGCCCUGGUACCCAUCGGUAGCGGGAAAAUAUGUCUGCAUCGCGUGGGCAGCAUUGCUCGGUGUCGUGUACAUAUGUGGACUUGCCCUUCUCCCUCGCGAGUUCAAGACAGACCGCAAGGCGCAGGAGCUGCGUGCUGCGAUUCGGAUCGAUUCGAAUGAUGAUGUCGGCGGCCAGCACGACAGAAAGGCGUGACCUCCGCCUUGAUUCCGAUUCGGCAAUGCCGUAAUACGCGUCUGCCUGAUAACUGCUCGACCUUCGAGAUAGAGGUGUAGUGUAUUGGUUCCUUUGUGUUUACCUCGAAAUCGA